AUGGCAGAGCGCAGGGGCAGAAUAGGGGGGCUGGUCUUGCUCAAGGCCCUGGCCACCCGGCUGCUGUUCGUGUUGCACUCUCUGGUCGCCGUCUGGCGAGUGACCUGGGUGAAGGAAGAGCACUGGUACUGGCUGCUGGCCCUCCUCAACCUCUUGCUGGUCCUGGAGACGGUGCUCACCCUCAAGUUCAAGCGCGGCAGAGGCUACAAAUGGUUUUCUCCAGCCAUCUUUCUAUACCUCAUCAACAUCAUACCGUCCCUGUGGCUCCUUGAAAUGCACCACGGAAACCAGUAUUGCAGUGCCCAGUCUGAGAAAAUGGCACAGAACGUUAGCAGAAGAGGCGAUAUCAACCAAACCAUGACGUCCCACAGACAAGCCAACGGAAUGGAAAAUAUCCUUGAGCUGGCCAGGGGCUUUGUAGAUAACUUAUCCAUGGUAUGUGAUCCAGUCUGGACCUUAGGACUCCACCAAACUCUGCUCUUAAUACUGAUCAUUGGACGAUGGCUUCUCCCCAUUGGAGGCACCAUUACUAGAGACCAACUCUCAGAACUUCUUCUGAUGUUUGUGGGGACAGCAGCUGACAUACUGGAAUUCACUACUGAGACUCUGAAAGAAAAUAACGUCAGAAAUAACCCUGCCCUGGUCUCUGGCAUCCUCGUGGUCUGGACAUGGAGUAUGCUGCAAUUUCCUCUCGACUUGGCAGUCCAGUUGAAACUGGUAUGCCCCUCUUCAGUGAAAGCCAGGGGCUUCCUCAGGUUGUUCCUGAGCCAGUAUGGUGCAGAUCUAUGGGCCAUUGGCCUCAGCUUCUUCAUCCAAGAUGGUCCCUUCCUGGUUGUGCGCCUUGUCCUGAUGAUCUAUUUCCAAGUGAUCAACCAUAUGCUGGUAUUCUUUGCUGUGAAGAAUUCGCUGGUCAUGGCUCUGCACUUCUACCGGCUUGUGGCUUUGAUCCUGGCCACCCGGGCUUCCAUGGAAGACCAUCCAGAAAGCCCCAAAACGCAGCCCAGUAGCCCAGACCAACCCUCUGAGAGUGGGCCCAGUGAGUGGGAGGACGCCUCCAGGGAGGCUCUGCCUUUGCAAGCUUCGCCUGUCACCUCUGAGGAGUCCUACCCCACACCUUAG